AAACCGGCAAAAAAACAACCAUCACUUUCGUAAUCGGUACGGUGCAUGCGGCACGAAUUUGUUCAAAUUUUCAUUAAAUUUCAUAGAAAUUAUUAAAAGAAUCCAAUCGUCUUGUUGAUGAAACUAUCCUGAGUGUGUCCACCAUAAAUAAACCAAAGAAAUGGCCAGCAGUCGCUUGGAAAAAAUCGGCACCAUCGUCACUAGAACCGAAGGAUUGUUACGCUCCGGGGCCAUGAAGUGGGACGAUCGGCCACUGUGGUACGACGUGGUAAAAGCCUUCCCACCGAAGGAGGAACCCCGCUUUGAUCGACCCGCUCCCAAUGUGACCGUUCGACCGAUUUUCUACGCCGAGGAUGCAGUUCGGGCGAAAUUUCACAAACUGCAGACCCGAUCGCAAUUUCUAACGAACCUAGCCGAUAUGCGUAACAAAACGGCAACGCAGCAUUUCAUUGAAAUUUACCAGCAGUUGCAGCAGCAAGGUGCGCUGGACGAGGAGAAGGUAUUCGAAACGGCACAGGAAAUGCUAGAGCAAAAGUUGGGUCAACUGAAGCUGGAGAGAACGGCGACUCCUCCGGUGCAACAGAAGCAGCAGCAGCAACCGGCGCAAGCUGGUGCCGAACAACCUGAAGCCAAAACCGUUCAGUUGCAAGAUAUUUUUAAGGAAUAAACGGUUGGAUUGGUUGCUAGAUGUAAUAAUGUAGGUAA